GAAGAGGCGAUCAACUUGGAAAGUGGGCCAAUCCGUGACGCAAAUCUUUCAGUCCCACCCUCAACCCCGCCUCCCACUGCUCCGCUCCUCCGCUCCUAAUUGGUUCUAGUUUCUCCGCCCGCCAGACUUCUUCUCCAUUCAGCAGAAGUUUUACAAAGGCGUCUGUAAGGGAACUAGGAGCUAAAAUGAAAAUAGCUCUGAUUGGGCACCUUUGGACCUUAUUUGCAUGGGCAAUUGGGAUUGGUUGGCUUCUUGGGUGGCCAGGGCGGUGUUGGUUCCGCGCGUGACCACCCACAGCUAUGGCCGGGGCGCACAGUUUCCGGAUGCCUACGGGAAGGAGCUCUUUGACAAGGCCAACAAACACCACUUUUUGCACAGCCUGGCCCUGUUAGGGGUACCCUAUUGCAGAAAACCUGUCUGGGCAGGGUUGCUGCUAGCUUCUGGAACUACCUUAUUCUGCACCAGCUUUUACUACCAGGCUCUGAGUGGAGACACUAGCAUCCAGACUCUGGGGCCUGUUGGAGGGAGCCUGCUGAUCUUGGGCUGGCUUGCCUUGGCUUUUUAAGGUCUCUUGUUUAAGUGCCCAGUCCUGGCUUUUCUGGGUAAUUGGGUGCAGAGGGAAAGGGGAAUGUUGAAGCAGAAAAGAAAUUAAAAGAAAAAGGCUUACAUAAAAAAA